CCGAUCUCUCCACAGAACAGGAUGAGGGCGUUGACGGUUCCGAAUGCCUGUCUCGUGAUUGGUCAGCGCUUUCGGGCAGUGGGCGGAGUUUUUCUGCUGGUCGUUUCGCCCGCUCCUGCCGCCCCCUGGUGGUGUCGCGGGUAAAGGGAGGGGUUGUCGUCACUUUUGCUGCCAGUGCUUCUAGGCCCGGAGAGCGGGGCAUGGGCUGAGCGCGGCUGUGCUCCCGAGCCCCUGUGUUGUCGCGGAAGAGGCGGGCCUGCUUCCAGGGGGGCUGUUUCCGCUGCGCGUUCCCCUCUGACACGGAACAUUUCCCUCCAGUAUGUGUGUGUGAGGUCCCUCCUCCUUCUCUGGCCAUCUUUAUUACAUUCAUUACAGCAAAGGAAGAGCGAGCCGGCCCUGCCUCUUACCGUCACCCCAUUCCGGAGAGCUCCGAGCAUCCGCGCUUUCCACGGCUACCGUUACACCGGCGGACCGGGCGCGAUUACAACCUUCUACGUCAUCGGGAUCCCGGGACAUGAUCGGCUGCUGCUGGGAUCGGGACGUGUGAUCGAUCAUCCCCUGACUGCUCGAAGACAAGUCCUAUCCAUUACCAGGUCGGGUCACUUGGACUAAUAUUCUAAAAUGGUCUUGAGGUUCUAAAUCGGGCUGGUUUGGAGGUGCAGCCAGGAUAUAAGGCAUCCAGCCCAGGCCAGUCGGAUUGACGGAUUAACGUGGAGGACAUCCUUUGCCGCACAGAGGUCCUCAGUGGAAACUAUUUGCGAAUGGGAUGAAUCCGCCUUUGCUGAGCCCUCGUUGUCGUCAGCUGAGAGAAUAGCCGUAUCCAGAGGGGAGCUUCGCUAGUUAUGUUUCCAUUUUUACAACAUCCCAUUUGAGUUUGCUUGUCUUUAAAAAAGAAUUCAAAGUGGAGUACCGUAAACUUGAUAUGGAUGGCAAAAAGAAAGACAAGGACAAACCUGAUGAAAGGAUGGCCCGGCCCAGUGGUCGGUCGGGUCAUGGCACACGUGCUGGUUCCUCAAACUCUGGAGUUUUGAUGGUUGGACCCAAUUUUAGAGUGGGAAAAAAGAUUGGAUGUGGAAAUUUUGGAGAGCUGCGAUUAGGGAAAAAUCUGUACACAAAUGAGUACGUGGCGAUUAAACUGGAACCUAUGAAAUCCAGGGCACCGCAGCUGCAUUUGGAAUACCGGUUCUACAAGCAGUUGGGGUCUGUUGAUGGUGUACCUCAGGUUUAUUACUUUGGUCCUUGCGGUAAAUACAAUGCCAUGGUGCUAGAACUACUGGGGCCAAGUUUGGAAGACUUAUUCGACUUGUGCGAUAGAACGUUUUCCUUGAAAACCGUUCUGAUGAUAGCCAUACAGCUGAUUUCUCGCAUGGAAUAUGUUCAUUCAAAGAACUUGAUAUAUAGGGAUGUAAAGCCUGAAAAUUUUUUAAUAGGUCGUCCAGGCAACAAGAACCAGCAAAUAAUUCACAUAAUAGAUUUUGGCUUGGCAAAAGAAUACAUAGACCCAGAAACAAAGAAGCACAUACCCUACCGAGAACACAAGAGCCUUACAGGAACAGCUAGAUACAUGAGUAUAAACACGCAUUUAGGAAAAGAGCAAAGUAGAAGAGAUGACUUAGAAGCGUUAGGACACAUGUUUAUGUAUUUUCUACGAGGAAGCCUGCCUUGGCAAGGACUUAAGGCAGACACAUUAAAAGAAAGGUAUCAGAAAAUUGGAGAUACAAAGCGAGCGACUCCAAUUGAAGUACUCUGCGAGAAUUUCCCAGAAGAGAUGGCCACAUACUUGCGAUACGUAAGGCGGCUAGAUUUCUUCGAGAAGCCAGACUAUGACUACUUACGGAAAUUAUUUACAGACUUGUUUGACCGAAAGGGAUAUAUGUUUGACUAUGAGUAUGACUGGAUUGGUAAGCAGCUGCCUACACCAGUUGGCUCCAUUCAUGCCGAUCCAGCACUUUCAUCGAACAGAGAAGCACAUCAACACAGAGAUAAGAUGCAGCAAGCCAAAAAUCAGUCGGCAGACCACAGGGCAGCCUGGGACUCCCAGCAGGCCAACCCCCAUCACAUAAGAGCUCACCUAGCAGCUGACCGACAUGGUGGCUCGGUACAGGUUGUAAGUUCAACGAAUGGUGAGCUGAACACAGACGACCCAACCGCCGGGCAUUCGAACGCACCCAUCACAGCCCCAGCAGAAGUCGAAGUCCUAGAUGAAACAAACUGCCAGAAAGUGUUGAACAUGUGGUGCUGUUGCUUUUUCAAGAGGAGGAAAAGGAAAACGAUUCAACGUCACAAAUGACUCUGGAGAAGGGCAGACCAUGGGGAAUUACUCACUUGUUCAUCUGCUGUCCUGUGAUUACAGAAGUCAUCUCCACAACGACCACAUGUUGUUUUCUUCUUCUUCUUCUUCUUCUUCAUCAUCCGUCUUUCCCCUUUAUAAAAUAUCAUGUUCCCAUGCUUCUGUUUGAUUGUCUUACAUUUUCUUAUGUCUGACCUUUUAGAAGCUUUAAAGUUUUGUCAUGUUAGCAUUAUUUCAAUGGACCAAUGAAGUGGUACAGAUGUGAAUACCUGCCUUCAGCCAAAUGUAGUCACACCACCCCUGGGAACUGUUAAUAGUUGGAUAACUCAGCAAGAGGCCGUUUUACAUGCAAAUAGUGGAUAAGGAUUGUUUGCUAAAGCUUUAACAUAACACACUAAAAGUCUUACCCUUGAAGAUUUGCAGUUUGAUAUUGGCAAAGAUUUACAGUAUUACUGAAAUGGUACUGCAUGAAUCGCUGAUCGGCAUUACCUUUCUCUCAGUCAUGUGACUGGUACAGCCAAUGGCCAGAGGUACCGAGGACGAACCUGUCUGGACGGGACUGGGGAUAAGAGCCGCGCUCAAAGCAGUCGGAUACAGACUUCUAAGGAAAAUAUAAAUUGGUUUCAUGUUGUACCUCUUGCAGUGAUAGAGAGAAGUAGAAGCCACCAAAGACAGCAGUCCUACAUGUUGGGUAAAGGGUGUGCUUCUUGGUAAUGUCUAGCAAACUGAUAUGUUCUUUGUCGAGAAACUAUUGAACUGAUGUAAGAAACUUAACACUACAUGGAGGAGAGGGGGUUAAGAAUUACUGAAUUAUACAUAGUCGUAGCUGGAGAGCACUUUGUUACUGCUUGAUGAAGGAGAGCUUAUUACUCCGUUAAUAGAAAUCUCUGGAUCCGUCAUGUGGUUGGAGUGAAAACCAUUUUACUCUGGCACGAAGCAGCUACCCUGAUGGAUGCUUCACUGCCUGCCAUAUGCCGACAAGUUAGUUGGUGCUUUCAGAAUUGUUCUCACCUUGACCCAAUUUUGCAGUUGUCAUAGAGCAUGCGGAAAGCAUUAGCUGGACACUUCAGUCUCCAUUUUUUUUCUGUUUAUGGAAGAAGUGUCUGCAUAAUGGGGAAAUGGCGUUUUUUUUUUAUUUUUUAAAUACUCUUAUGGGUGUCAUAAUAAUCUCAAAAUUGUUACAAAGUCCAGCAGUACUGUUCUGACGCAGAACUUUGUCGCUUCUGAGUGCUGAAGCCAUGAUGUUUCUUUUUUGUUAAGCUGGUAAAAUAGGCCGACUUUUUCGUGAGAUUUUUUGAAGGGAAGUGGCUAGAACAAAUAUUUUGACCAACUCUGGUUAAUUUAUGUAAAAAAAAAUUAAACAAAUAAAAAAAAAAGAAAAAUCCAAAAGUCACCUAGAUGGAACCUGUAUUUUUUCUUGUCUUUCCAUGCACGCCCUAUGGCUAAUUUAUUUAUUUUUUAAGUCUUGGUUUGUGGUAACAUUAAGCAAUGUGUAUUGCAGAUAAAUAAAUGCACAUCUUUGAGUUCAUUAUUGCAUUUACAGGGAUUUUAAUUGUAAUUUUGUAAUUUAUUUUGGUUAACAACCAAGAGUGCAGUGCUUACUUUUGAUGGUUUAUGCGCUCACAUAAAACGCAGAAAAUUACUGAUCUGAUGGUUGUUUAUUUUCACUGUCGCUGUAAUUUUCUCUUUUUUUUUUUUUUUCUUUUUUUUUUUUUUUACAUUGGUCAAAUACAUGAAUUCAACCCUCCGUCAACUACAAUAUCCAUACUGCAAUUCUCAGUCUGCCUUGUUUGUGUUGUCUUAAUCUCAAGAAUGAUAUAUAAAUAUAUAUAUAUAUAAAUACAUAUAUAUUUUUUUUUUCGUUAUGAAAGAUGAGAGUUGUGGCCAUUCUAAUGUGAAAUCACUUCUGUCUCUACAGUAUUUGACCAAAUUUUGUUGCACCAUAUUGUAAAUACAUGCAGCAACUUGUGUUUCUUAUGAUUCAUCUGUUUCUUAUGUUUCUUAGUAGAUCUUUCUUUUGUGUGGAGAGAAGAAGCUUUUUUUGGCCUGUACAGUGUUUAUAUGAUCUGAGCGCAUCACACAUAACAAGGAAAUGUGUAUAUUAAUCCAAUUGUGGACUUCAGAUAUUUAAAUACAAAACCCUUUAUUUGCUGCAAUGACCAGUGUGUAGACAUUUUGCUUUUUAGCAAUAUUUAAGUGCUCCAUUUACUGCCGAAAAAAGAGGAAUUUCUCUUUGGCAGCACAAAACUGGUCAAUAAUAGGUAAUGCAGGUAUGUUCAGGUUAAGCCAACAAUGUUUUGCAUUUAUAUGCUUUUUCCCUGUCUAUACUAAUGAAGUCAACAUUGCCUGAAUGUUAAAAUAAUAAAAUACAUCCCUGUUUAAAAAAAGUAUGUAACUGAAGAAAUAAAAAAUAAAGGUAGUUUUUUUAA